AUGAUCAUGCACAAGUGCGGCCGGAGCCUGAUUGAGCCGUCCGCAGUGAGCGCGCCGAUGGAUUUCUUGACAUCGGAGGCCGAGUACCGCCGUGUGUGGCAGGUUUUCAAACACUGGCUAUGCUCCGCGGUAUCCGCCAAGCUCCGAGCUUGCGUUCCAAGGUUCUUUUCCUUGAGCUACCGCGUGUUCAACCUUGGCAUCUGUAUUCCCACGCUGGAGUUCGAUGAAAGCUUCCUCAACAGAUACGGUAUUUCCCAAGAACAGAGCCUGUCUUCCAAGAGCUCAUUGUCUCCGCGGGCGCCCAAACAGGUGGAGUUCUCGCGUGAAGCCCUCGGCAAGGGGGCGGGGUUGCCGUCUGCUCGGGCAUCCUACGCCCUCGAGGGGUUGCUUUGCGCCGUGGGAAAGGAAGCCGGGCUGGGUGCGACGCUGUUGGUGGACUGCGGGGUGGGCGUUCUCGCCGCCCGGGGAAGAGUGACAAAGUUCACCUUCGUUCAGCUCGCGCUAGCUCGGGCUCGGGAGACGACCUCUCUCCUCCGCUCCCUGCGGGAAGUGCAGGCCGACCGAUUCCUUCCCCCGGACGGCGUGGAGGGCGAAGAGGGCAUGCCCACUGACAAUGGCGUGGUCGCGGCAAUGAGAGCGUGGAACCCCGGAAGGUCAUCAGCAUCAUCAGCAUCAUCAGCGGGGACAGGGGUGAGCGGGAGCCUCGCAUUCUCAGGCGACGGCAACGACGGCGAUAUUCGUACCAAGAAUGGCUUGUUGGGGAAGAAUGCAACGGGCGCGGCGAAAAUCACGGCGGGCGAGAUCGCCGGCAGCACGGUGAGAGCAAGGAUCGGCCUCGGGAGGAUGACGCUGCCACUGAGGGGGUUCCGGGAUCGAGGAAGAACGCCCGUCGGAAUAGCAACAGGGGAAAGCGCCGCUGCCACGGCUGCCACGGUCGUAUCCCCGCCUCCGCCGCCGCCGCUUAUGGACGUCCAUGCCCGACUCCGAGGAUCCGUGCUCUCGGCCUCGCCGUCACCCAUGGCCCGCUUGCUUGACGCAACAACGGCGCCGUCACCAUCAUCACCCAACGGGGACCGUGGCAUCGCGAACAGUGUCUUGCCCGAACGAAAACAAAGCAGAGCAGCGGCCGUCGAACCCGGAACUCGUCCAACCGGCCACCUUUCUUUGUGGCUUGAGCCCACAGGGGUGGAGCGACUGGGGAGCUACUACAGCCCGGCGGCGCAGCUCCUGUACCUCGAUGUCAACCGCGGGUGUCUCGCUUGGCGAGAGAACGCCAACACCGGCGGGUUCACGUGUAACGAGGGAGGAAGCAAUACCAGAGGCGUAGGCGGAGGGUUAGGUUCGAGGAUUCUGGCACCCGCUACCCCCAAACUGGCGAGAAGGGAUGCAGCAAGGGGGCAAACUAGCCCCACUGACAGCGCAAACCCACAAGUUUACGUUGGAAUGGUGGCGAACGUUACGCGUGUUGCGUCUCAGGGCGGGCCGAACGGUGUCAACGCCACGGUUGUCACCGGGACAGGCUCGAGUGAGAAGGACGGCCAUAAGCUGGGGUUGCGCACGCCUCACAUGGAAUCGGAGUGCCACAAUCGACCGGCCUACGCUGGCGGUGGUGGCGGUGGCGGCGGCCCAGGCGUCCCGAGCUCAAGCGAAGCGCGCCAGAUGUCACGGCCGCACGACAGCAGCCACAGCAGUCGAAACGACGGCCAAGAAGGACGAAGCGAAACAUGGAUGUCGUCCUCGCCACCCGACGCGACACCCGCAAAGGCGGGAGUACAGUCUCCGGAACUACCAUCGGACGGCAACAACAAUACGGUUGGGCCGCUGGUGCCCGAAUCGUCUCCUGGGCGAGAAAGGACGUCGGACCGUAACUGCCCACCAAGAGCGGGCCAGGUAGGGGCGCUGGCGGGGUGCGAGGUAACUUAUCCACCCCGGUCGUCAUCGCCGCCCGUCAAACGCAACCAGACACCGCCGGCUGUUCUAUCCAAAAUCCGUCGACGCCCAGACGACGAGACGGGCCAGCGAGACGACGACCGGCUACCGUGUCCGGGAGAGGGUCGCGGAAGUAUGGAAGGAGAGCGGGCAGAGUUGUGGAUGGGGCAGCGGUCUGGCGGGAACGGCGACCGCGGCGGUUGGGCUGCUUCUGCUGGUGCCGUGCAGGCGGCCAACCCUGAGUUGGAGGUUUCUGACGCCGCCGGGAGGCGACAGGCUGGAUUCGCAAGAUAUCACCACUAUCUCCAGUGCGACUCCACGCUUGCGGAGAGUGUAACGGUGCUGCAGCCCCCUUGGCAGGCCGGCAUCGUCAGGAAAGUAGUACACGGCUUAUCAGGGCGCGGUGGUGGCGGUGGUGGUGGGUGUGGUGGUGGUGGUUGCAACACGAGCGGCCGUCACAGCGGCACACCCAGAGGGUGGGACUUAGAAAAAAGCAACGACGAGGAAGAUACUAGCUCGGAGAGCGACAAUGGUGGUGUCGGUGUCAGGGGCAUCGGGGGUGGGAGGUACAGCAGGCCAGGCUGCAAAGACGUAGGAGGAACGGGAACGGAGAACAUUCCCGCGAAGGACGCCCAAGAAGGUGGAGAAGGAGAAGAAGAAGAGGGAGAGGAAGGAGAUGUGUUCGAGGUUCACGUCGAGGGCCCUGCCCCCGUCGCCAAGACUGCUCAGCACAAAGUCCCGUACCUCGCCGUGACAAGCGGCGGUGAUCAACCCCCACAAAGCCCGACAACAAACAGCGGCGGUGGACGGGGCGUUGUCGGCGGGGGUUCUGUCUUCACCAGCAGGGUCGACGGUACGCCUAGAGCGACGGCAUUCAACCGUGCCGCUAACACCGCCAAACGGCCGAGGGCUCGAACGCCGAGGGGAGUGGCUGGGCCGGGGCCGGGGGAGGCCAGGAUGCCGGAAGUUCCCGAUGGCUGGAAGGCAGGAGUGGAGGCUUGCCUGGAAGAGACAUGCGAAGCAUUCCGAGCGAGCAUCCGGAGGGCGGUGCUGAACUACGUCGUCUUAGACGCGGGCCAACGAGAUCGCCUAGGCAUAUCAGCCGUGCCUCCAGGGUUUGCUAGCCAAGGGUGGGGCUGGGGCAAAGGGAGGGGUAUCCAGAAGAGCCCUCCCGAAUGGCAGAGGCGCUUUGUGCGGGCGAGGGAGGCCCUGAACAUGGGACAGAUCACGGGGUCCCCGGCGCUGGUCGCCGCCCAGGCGUUGUUGGCCAAGUGCCGCGGGACUCGGCUGCUGAGGCUUCCGAAAUCAGCUGCGGAAAUCCAGGCUUCGAGCUGGUCGGCAAUGACCGCGGAAGAGUUCCGCUCAUCGCAGCUGAGUCACCUCAGCAGGAAAGCCAGACGGGUUCGGCGGCUGUUGUACCCGGGCUUGUCGGAGGCCCUCAAGGCUCAGCUCGGCGUCGGCUCGAAAGGAACAAGGGCAACAACUGCAGAGCUGGCAACACGCACGAAGUCUUCACCGCCGGACGGACACGUUCGAAGGUAUCUCGCGGCCGUGAACGUGAUGACGGCCAGCAUCCUCCGAGGCAUGGUAGAGACGGCCAUCUCGGACCUUCAGAUUUUCCUGGAAGACCGUUGCUCGUCGCCAAAUUCGGACCGGGGGUCAACAUUGACGUGCAGGAAGUCACUGCGAGACCUGAAGGAGGCGGUCAUGGAUGUGGUUCGAGAGGUGGUAUUGUGCUUCGCCGACGUCCCGCGGGUGGUCUACGACUGUCGAACGGCCGGCGAUCAAGCGUCUGGCGGGUACCACCUCGUGGACCCAUCAACCCCGGCAGGGAGGUUUCCGGAGGGAAUUGACGAUCAAGCUUUCCACGUUGGAAAAAGGCGCUGGACCACGCAGCGGCGGUGCCGGCAAGUUGACAGAGGCCAUCGACAGCGCAGGAAGGCAUCCUCUGAGGCCAGGGCUGCCUGCCGGAUAUACCGACCGUUCGAGAGCCUGCUGCAAGAGGCCGCUACUGCGCUUGCCCCCAAGACAGCGGCGGAGGCAACUGGCGUAUCGGAAAAGGACCUGUCGGGCUUGGCGUCCGCCUUGAGAAGAUAUAAAAGCACGGCGGCGGUGCUAAGAACUGGCGGCGAUGCCGCACCGGUGGAACUCCAGGGGGGUAUCGUUGUCGUGGACUGUCAAAAAACUUCCGAGAAGCUACUUCAGGUCGCCGGUGAUCUUUGCAAGGGCGUGCUUCAGCGUGUAACUUCCACACUGAACAAGCUAACGAGUGGUGUGACGAAGCAGGCUCGAUCGGCCAUCCUCAGACUCGGCAAAAGGCCCAGGUCCACGGAGGAAAUGGUGGAGGCCAUUGAGUGCCUGCGAACGAUGCGAGCGGAAGAGCAGAUCAAGCUUAGGCAGGAGCAGAUAUGGAUGGGACAGCUGCUGGACUUCGUGUUUGAGCAUGGCGGGUUGCAUCAUGACGUGAUCAUCGCGGUUACCGGGGUUCACCGAGUCAUGAGCGAACUGUCCACAGCCACGGACAAGGCCGAGAAAGCCAUCGCAGAGGGGAAAGCGCAGCUGCAGAAGAACGUAGAAAAGGCGAAGCGGAGGGUGGAGGGGAACGUGGAUUCGACGAAGAUGAGGAUCGCCGAGUUCAUCGACAGCGACGCCCGUCCGCGCGAGAUGUCCGAAAACGCUGCGUCAAUAUCGAAGGAGCUUGCCGGACUCAAGGCACAAGCCGUGGACAUCGGAGAGGAGGAAGCCAAGGUAGACGGGCACACGAGCGGGACUCUCGUCGCUUUGGCGGAGAAGGUGAUCGUUUCGUUUCAGCCUUAUGCUGACCUCUGGAGUUUGGUGGGGUCGGUCGGUCCGUUCAUCACAACCAUCAUGCGGGCUCCAGUGACGACGCUGAACCCAGAAGAGAUUACGGCGGAGCACGCCUCAAUCAAGCAGAGAUUGGAAGCCCUGAUUAAGAUCAUGGAGGCGAAGUCCCACGCGAACCCGACCAAAGCCGCGCAAGAGUCGCUGCGCCUCCUGGCUGCCCUGGAGAAGGAUAUCCCGAUCUUGAAGGCUCUCACCAACCCCCACCUCAAGGACCGCCACUGGUGGCAGAUUUCAGCCUUGGCGGGGGUGACGGUGAGCGUGGAACAUCCCACGACCUUGCAACAACUGAACGAGCUCGACGUGUUGACGGACACCAAGGCCGACGCGAUCCUUCGUUUGUCAGAUGACGCCGACGCGGAGCAUGCUCUGGAGACGAGCACGGCCGAGGUUGACCGCUUCGUCAGUGAAGAGGCAGUGCUGCGGAUAUCGCUCGUAAAGGGCUCCGGCGACGGUGAAGAUGGUGCCGGUGUCGAAAAGAAGAGCCCCGCCGCCGACGUUGAACCAGAAGGAAAAAAUGGAAGAGGGGCUGCAGGGGCGGCAGAGGAAGGGAAGCAAUCGGGCGUUGUGGUUGAGAGGAUCGACGAGGACCACCUCAAGAGAAUACUCGGGCAGGUCGAUCGCUGGCGCAAGGUCAUCUCCGACAUCAGACUGACUGAUGCUGCGAAAGCGGUUGCUUCUACUGAUGCCGCCGCCGCCGCAGCAGCGACGGAAGGGUCCGAACAGAGCGAAGGGUGGGCAUCGCCCGGAGUAGUCGAAGCCCUAGACACGGCUCUGUCAGACUUGACUCUGGUGGGUGAAGGGAUGCUCAAGUGCGCCGAGCUCGUGGUAGACAUUGAGACACAGCUAGACGAGACCACGGGAGAUGAAGUGGAUCGAGAGGAGUUGCUCAAGGACGCCGUCAAAAGGUGGCGGGAUUUUCUGAUGGCUCAUUGCGGGCAGAGUCUCAAGGACCUCGUCGGGGACGUGGAGAAAGAGAGGGUACAUCUAGACGAAGUAUUGGAUUCGUAA